UCAAACGAAAGGGACGUGUGUAGUGUUAAAGCUGUAUAAAGUCGUCAUGUUUUGGGAGCUGGUGUUUAAGUUUUCCGUUGCUAUAUGUGUAUGCAGUAACACAGUGACUGCAACACUGGGAGUGAAAAAGAAUGUGCUCGUGAUAGUGGGAGAUGAUGCAGGCUUUGAGACGCAAGUAUACAAUAAUUCUGUUUGUAAAACUCCAAACUUGAACCAGCUGGCAAAGAGAAGUGUUGUCUUUCAACAUGCAUUCACAUCUGUCAGUAGCUGUUCUCCUAGCAGAUCUACCAUUUUAAGUGGCUUGCCACAGCACCAGAAUGGGAUGUAUGGGCUACAUCAGGGAUACCAUCAUUUUAAUUCUUUUGAUAAAGUAAAAAGUCUGCCUUUACUUUUGAAGAAAGCUCACAUCAGAACAGGUAUUAUUGGAAAGAAGCAUGUUGGCCCAGAUUAUGUGUAUCCAUUUGACUUCGCUGAGACUGAAGAGAACAACUCCAUCUUACAAGUUGGUAGAAACAUCACUCGAAUCAAAGAACUGGUCCAACUGUUUUUGCACACAAAUGAUUCCAGGCCAUUUUUCCUGUACAUUGGAUUCCAUGACCCUCAUCGCUGUGGCCAUACCCAUCCAGAGUAUGGUAACUUCUGUGAGAAAUUUGGGAAUGGAGAACCUCGCAUGGGGCUUAUACCAGACUGGAAGCCUGUACUGUACAACCCUGAGGAUGUUGUAGUGCCUUAUUUUAUACAGGAUACGCCAGCUGCAAGGGAAGACAUAGCACACCAGUAUACCACCAUCAGUAGACUCGAUCAGGGCAUUGGUUUGGUAAUUAAAGAACUGGAAGAGGCAGGCUAUUUGGACAACACACUGAUCAUCUAUACCUCAGAUAAUGGUAUUCCCUUCCCAAGCGGUCGUACUAACCUGUUUGACCCAGGGCUUGUGGAGCCGUUCCUGGUCUCCUCACCUCGUCAUCCUUACACAUGGGGGCAGAGAAGUGAAGCAUUGGUGAGUCUGUUGGACAUUGUUCCUACUGUUUUGGACUGGUAUGAAUUGGGUUACCCUAACUACAGCAUAUUCCAACAUCACACUGUUAAGUUAACAGGACAGAGUCUGCUCCCGGAGCUGAAUCUGAAGUAUUCACAAACUAGGGACUCAGUGUUUGCCAGUCAAAGUUUACACGAAGUGACCAUGUACUAUCCAAUGAGAGUGAUAAGAACUCACCAGUAUAAACUGAUACACAAUAUUAACUUCAGGAUGCCAUUCCCUAUUGACCAGGACUUCUACCUGUCACCCAGCUUCCAGGAUCUUCUUAACCGCACUAGGAAAGGAGAACCACUGCAGUGGUACAAAACCUUACAGCAGUAUUACUACAGAGAUCAGUGGGAGCUGUAUAACAUUCUAGAUGAUCCGCAUGAACUUCACAAUUUAGCCGGUUACAGUGCUUAUGAACCUAUACUGACCAAACUGAAGUCACAGUUACACAACUGGCAGCAGAUAACUUACGACCCAUGGAUAUGUGCCCCAGGGUCUGUCUUACAGGACUCUGGCCCAUACAAGUCUUACCCUGUCUGUAUGAGCCUUGAUAACCAUCUAGAUUUCUGAUUUUCUCAGAUUGUUUAUGUGGUUGAAAAUCUAAGCUGGUAGUGGUAAGUUUUUGUAACAUGAAAAAUGUUGUAACAUGAAACUUGUGAAAUUGUAUCACUUUCAUAUGGUUAUUUUUACUAUUUUAUUGUUGUACAUAAGCAUUUGUUUGGUGUUUUAUAUAUAUAAAUACAUAUACAUUACAUGAACUUACCAUGGCAUGAAUGAUACAUCAUGCGUUUUGAAAACUGUGCACUAUUAAAUGUAUUUGCCUGAUCUUCUUAUUUCUUUUUAUUUACAAGAAGUACAUGAAGAAUAAUUUAAGUCAAAGCAGCCUAUUGAAUGGCACAUGUAGUUGCAGGUCAUAAAUUUAUGAAAGAAGAAAUAAAAAGAACUUUAUUUUGCAAAGUAUCACAUUUUUGUGUUUGAAUCAUCCUAGAGGCAUAAAAGGAAUAAGGGUGAAGGACAAUUAAGUUUGGGUUACAAAGGCCCACAUACUUAAAGUCAAACUUAAGACAGAUCAGGGAAAUAAACCCACAUGAUAUGUCCUCCCUUAUUUGUUUAAAGUUAUUAAUUGAAAGUAGAAUGUUUAUUUAUUGGAUUGUUUAAUGCCACGGAAGAAUAUUUUGCUUAUAUGAUAGUAAUUAGUUUAUUGUCUUUUGUAAUUUAGUUGAUUGUCAAAAAAUACAAAACAAUAAACAACUAGCCCUUGACAAGUAAAUGUAUAAAUCCAGCUCCUGCUUAUCCAGCAAUGACUUUAAGACUGGAAGUUUGUAAAGUAUAUGUGGUAUGAUCCUUUGUUUUCUCCACCUGUGUGUUUCCCUGAGAAGAGCACAAGACAACAGUUUAAUACAUAUGAAUAAAUCACUAAAAAGCUAGCUUCCCUCCCAACAUAUCAAUGAGGAUGCAAGUUGUA